UCUAAUACCCGGAAAAAGAUACCAUUUUUAACUGUCAUAAAAAGACAAUACCACCUCUCGCCUCUCAAGACUCUUCCACCUUCCACGCAGCUACCCUCCGCCCCCAAAAACCGACCCCAUCCUUCUUUCUCAUAUUCUCUUCUCUCUGUGCCCGCCUCUCGCCGCCAUCAGCGGCCCACGCUGCAGCAACCACCACCACCCUUUUCCUUUAUAUCUUUCUCUCCCCAUGGUUCCCAUUUCAUUGUCUCUCUUUUCUCCCAACACCAAGAAGGAAGCAGCUCUCAAUCCUCUAUCAGUUUUUGGCUUCAAUUCUUGGAAGAAAGAUAAUUUUGAAUUUUUCACCAUUAAAUCUCGUCUCGCCUCAUAAAAAUCUCAACUUUCUUCAAUCUUGUGCACUUUCACCCUUCACUUCUGCCGAAUUUGAUCAACCUCCGGUGGCUUGAUUUUAGUGAGUGAGUAGGUCUUAUCCGGAAGCUCUCAUCCUAAGCUUUCAGUGGCUGUCAGGAUCAUUGCAUUUCGAUUUUUGUACGACUUUAAGGUUUGACUUGCAAAACUUCUGGGCUUAGGCUGAAGAAUUGAAUUCUGAGCACUAACUUUUGCAGUUGGGCCUAGAAUCUGGUGCUGUACAAGUAGUUGGUUUUACUGGUUUUAUGAAGGAUGUGGGAAGUGAAUCGAGUUUGUCAUUUCUUUAUUAGAUUUUAGUGGAACGGUGUUUUGUGUUAAAGUUCACGUUUAGCUUUGCAGUAUAGAGACUUACUAAGGGUUAGGAGCUUCAGGAGUAUGGACCGCAUGCUAGUAAAAGAAAGAGACACCGUCAUUGAUAUUGAGAGCUGUCUACGUGCAAGCAAAGAAGUAGGAAAUCCUGCCUGUUCAGACGACAAAAGUGGAAAUACAGAUUCCUUCGUUGUGUGUGGUAUGCCGAUGAGUGCACAUGAAAUUGUCAAGGCUGAAAAACUAGUGUGUGUUUCCAGUAAACCAAAAGAUGCUGAUGAGCUUUCUUCGGAAUCAGGAAAGAACAGUAAGAGGGAAAAGCGCAAGGCAAUGAGUGCUAAGAAGCCUCCUAAACCUCCACGGCCUCCAAGAGGGUUGUCACUGGAUGCAGCUGACCAAAAACUGAUCAAAGAGAUUUCCGAACUUGCCAUGAUGAAACGUGCUAGGAUUGAACGAAUGAAGGCUUUGAAGAAAAUGAAAGCAGCAAAGGCAUCAUCGAGCGGAAACCUGAUAGCUAUGUUUUUCACCAUUAUCUUUUGCAUUGUCGUCCUUCUUCAAGGUUGCCACUCCUGGGGAAUUUCUCCUAGGACUAGAUCAGCCACUCCUAUUCCCGGUACACUGGAGCCAAAUGGAGUAGCGGCAGCAGGAAAUAUUGUUGUGGUACAGGACCAGCUGAACUUGUCAGCAAGUGGUGUACCAUUAACCAGCGUUGAAUCUCCCAGUCAAACGGAACUGGUUCCUGGUUCAGAUAGCAAGGGUUAAGCGCGUUAACACCAAGUUCUUUUUUGGAAAGAGGGGUGUGAGACACAUUUUCAUGUUCAUGUGAGUUCAUGCUUGUAACACAGCGUAAUACUGUAUAGGAAGUCUUCAUGGUUUGCUUUGGAGCUUGUUCAGUGCUGGCCACUUUAGACCAGUAAUUUUGCCGACAUACCUUUGUACAGUGAAACUAAAAGCAAAAUUCUUAAUAAAUGUAUUUGCUGCCGAUGCACAGCUGCUAUGGGAUCA